AUGAGCGCUUCAUCAAGAAUUGUCCGCAAUGCGGCGCAAACAUCGUUCAUAGGAGCUCGUGCUCUUCAAAGAUCUUCACUCAGUCCUGCAUCAGCAUAUUUACGUCGCAAUGCUCGAAUUAUCCCAUCACAAAUGCCAGCGCUGGCCAUUUUAAUCCCACGAAGAGGCGUAACAACUGAUACUCAUACAUCGGGAGGGUCAAAUGGUGCGCCGCCACCAGGUUUCAAUGCCGAACAAGCCAGAAAACCAAUUAAGGAGACCUCAAUCAGCUCUAGUACGACAUCCAAAGCAGCUGCGAAACAAGCCGAGAAACACCAAAUUGACCCUAUUCCAAGUAAUGAGGCCACUGGAGUAUCUAAAACCGAUGCUUCUGAAGGCUUGGCGCUUUCGGAGUUGGCUGGCUCAACUGGAAAGUCGGUGGAGAAGCCGGAUGGCGAGAAAGCAGAGAAGAAAUUGACACUCGGACAAAAGAUCAAGAAAGAGGUUGCACAUUACUGGGACGGCACGAAGUUACUGGGAACUGAAAUGAAAAUCAGUUCACGUUUAGCUUUGAAGAUGGCUGCGGGAUAUGAGCUCAGUCGCAGAGAGCACAGGCAACUACGAAGAACAGUCCAGGAUAUGGCCCGAUUGGUGCCAUUUUCGGUAUUUGUUCUUGUGCCAUUCGCGGAACUUCUUCUUCCCAUCGCUCUCAAGCUAUUCCCUAACAUGCUCCCAAGCACAUAUGAGGCACAGAAAUCAAAAGAUGCCAAAGUAUCUUCCCUUCGAGCUACUCGAAAGGAUGUUAGCAACUUCUUGAGAAGCACAAUGAAAGAGACCGGGCUACCAUUAAGCGCAGUAAAUGCUAAAAAAGAGGAGUUCACACAAUUCUUCCGCAAAGUUCGAGCUACAGGUGAAACUCCUAAUGCUUCGGAAGUCAUUAAGGUCUGCCAAAUAUUCAAGGACGAUAUGACUCUGGACAAUUUGUCUCGCCCCCAACUCGUUGGCAUGUGCAGAUACAUGAAUCUAAAUACGUUUGGUACCGAUACCAUGCUUCGCUACCAAAUCCGUCAUCGUAUGAGACAAAUCAAGAGGGAUGACCGAGCUAUCAGUUUUGAGGGUGUGGAAACUUUGUCCGUUCCAGAGCUUCAAGUUGCUUGUCUCAAUCGUGGUCUCAGGACCCACGGCAUGUCCCCUGGUCGCCUUCGUGAUGACCUCCAAAGUUGGUUAGAAUUGAGACUCAAGCAUGGAGUCCCCUCCACAUUGUUGGUAUUGAGCAAUGCAUUUAUGUACGCUCAGGGUAAGGAUGCCGAAUUCGCAACCCAGAUUGACGCACUUACUGGUGUUCUGUCAUCCAUUCCAGAGGAAUUAUUCCACGAGAUUGAGCUUGAAGUUCACAAUGCAGAGGGUGCCGCCACCAACAAACAACGUCUUGAAGUCCUCAAGGAGCAACAAGAUCUUAUUGAGGAGGAAAACGAGCAGAACGAAGAGAACACCGAGGAAGGCAGAGCCACUCCUCAAGAUAACGAAGAUAUUGAUGAAAAGGAUGAGCGACGAAUGGAGGCCAAGGAUGGGGCAGAGAAGGAUCAAGUGAAUGAGGCAAUUGCUGCCGAGAAAGAUGGUGAACUACUAAAGCAAAAAGAGAGCAAGGCAAGGAAUGAUAAGCCAUAA